AGAAUACACGGGUAGAUUGACAUUUUCAGAGAGUAAGAUUUCAAUCUUUAGUCGUGUGUUACCAAGAUGCUGGAUAUGAGGAAAAUAUUGCUUUUUCUGGCCGUGAUAGCCGUGUGUGCAGCAGUUCCACCAGCCGAGGACUGCUCUCCCGGAGUAAGCAGCUUCCGGCCACAUGAAACCGAGUGUGCCAAGUUCUACCAGUGCAAUAUAAAUGUAUGGGUGGAGCUGACAUGCGGGGAGGGAACGGUUUUCAACCCCAUAGCCCAGGUCUGUGAUUGGCCAUACAACGUGGAGUGCCCAUCCCCAUCCGACCCGACAGACGCUUGCAGCACGGCUCCGUGUAAGAACGGAGGAUCGUGCGCGACGUCCGGCAACACCUACGUCUGCACCUGUCUGCCAAACUACAUGGGCAACAACUGCGAGACUCCUACAACGACCGAUACCUGCAUGGAGGACGACCGGGAGUCGCUCAACGAUCUGCAGUGUGCAUUGUUCAGACGGUGUGUUGGCGGAGUGUGGGUGGACUACAGGUGUCCAGAAAACUCACGGUUUAACCCACAGUGGAAAGACUGCUUUCUGCCAUCUCAGUACCCCUGCCCAACAAUUCCGUGUGACUCUAACCCCUGUCUAAAUGGCGGCGCCUGCACCAACUCCGGGACUACCUUCACCUGCACGUGUCCCGACACCCACGAGGGUGACACCUGCGAAACCCCCGUUACAUCCGACCCAGGAGGAGCCUGCAGCACCUCCGACCCCUACCAGGCCAACCCCAACGACUGCAGCAAAUUCUACGCCUGCGUCAACAACUUCUUGGUGGAGUUUACCUGCCCCACAGUGACUCCAUCCUUCAAUGAAGCGACCGGGUCAUGCGACUUCGUAUACAACGUUCAAUGCGGUAAACUCUCUUCCUGCACAAACGACACUCGUCUCUCUGGCAACAGCCGUGAAUGCGAUGAAUUCUACCGAUGCGUCCAGCAAGAAUGGGUCCAGUACAAAUGCCCGGCUGGCUACAGGUUCAGCGACGCCAUCAAAGACUGCUCCGACGGCGUCGACUGCCCAACAGCAACCACCACCGAUCUGCCUUGCGAUUCCAACCCAUGUUUGAACAACGGCGUCUGUAGCAACUUUGGCGGCAGCUUCAGCUGUCAGUGCCCCGCCGGAUACGGUGGAGAAACGUGCGAAAUUCCUCCACAGCCCUGUGACUCAGGUCCAUGCAAGAACGGCGGGGCCUGCACAAACCAAGGCAGCAGCUAUGUGUGUUCCUGUCUGCCUAACUAUGCACAGCCGAACUGUGAGACACUUUCAGCAGUGAACGGUGGCUGGAGCGAGUGGUCAGUGGUGGGCACGCCUUCCACGUGCAGCAAGAUUUGCGGGGGUGGACAGCAGCAGGUCUCCAGAAUCAGAACGUGCACCAACCCCCCUCCUUCAAACGGGGGCUUGACCUGCCAGGGCGACAACACGGACACCAUCGGAGUUGCCUGCAACACCAGGCCCUGUCAGCCCUGUGACUCAGGUCCAUGCAAGAACGGCGGGGCCUGCACAAACCAAGGCAGCAGCUAUGUGUGUUCCUGUCUGCCUAACUAUGCACAGCCGAACUGUGAGACACUUUCAGCAGUGAACGGUGGCUGGAGCGAGUGGUCAGUGGUGGGCACGCCUUCCACGUGCAGCAAGAUUUGCGGGGGUGGACAGCAGCAGGUCUCCAGAAUGAGAACGUGCACCAACCCCCCUCCUUCAAACGGGGGCUUGACCUGCCAGGGCGACAACACGGACACCAUCGGAGUUGCCUGCAACACCAGGCCCUGUCAGCCCUGUGACUCGGGUCCGUGCAAGAACGGCGGGGCCUGCACAAACCAAGGCAGCAGCUAUGUAUGUGCCUGUCUGCCUAACUAUGCACAGCCGAACUGUGAGACACUUUCAGCAGUGAACGGUGGCUGGAGCGAGUGGUCAGUGGUGGGCACGCCUUCCACGUGCAGCAAGAUUUGCGGGGGUGGACAGCAGCAGGUCUCCAGACUCAGAACGUGCACCAACCCCCCUCCUUCAAACGGGGGCUUGAGCUGCCAGGGCGACAACACGGACACCAUCGGAUUUGCCUGCAAUACCAGCCCCUGUCCGUGUGCCAGUCAGCCCUGUAACAACGGCACGUGUGUCGACGUCUCGGAUACAAUAUUCACAUGUGAAUGUCCCGUGUACAGAGUGGGCACCUUUUGUCAAACCGAAUGUGACUACCCCUGUCCCCCCGGCGUCGGCAUCAUCUACCCCGACCUCGUCGACCCCAGCAAGUUCGUCAGCUGCUUCCAAGGAAUGCGCAUAGUCAGGUCGUGCCCUGUUGGGGCGACCUAUAGCUACACUCAGAAUAACUGUUCGUGUGUUAUCAAGAUGCUGGAUAUGAGGAAAGUAUUGCUUUUUCUGGCCGUGAUAGCCGUGUGUGCAGCAGUUCCACCAGCCGAGGACUGCUCUCCCGGAGUUAUCAGCUUCCGGUCACAUGAAACCGACUGUGCCAAGUUCUACCAGUGCAAUGCAAAUGUAUGGGUGGAGAUGACCUGCGGGGAGGGAACGGUUUACAACCCCACAUCCCAGGUCUGUGAUUGGCCACAGAACGUGGAGUGCCAAUCCCAAUCUGACGCGACAGACGCCCCAUCCGACCCGACAGACGCUUGCAGCACGGCUCCGUGUGAGAACGGAGGAUCGUGCGCGACGUCCGGCAACACCUACGUCUGCACCUGUCCGCCAAACUACAUGGGCAACAACUGCGAGACUCCUACAACGGCAGCCGACGGACCAGGAGGAGCCUGCAGUACCUCCGACCCCUACCAGGCCAACCCCAACGACUGCAGCAAAUUCUACGGCUGCGUCAACAACUUGUUGGUGGAGUUUACCUGCCCCCCAGUGAGUCCAUCCUUCAACGACGCGACGGGGUCAUGUGACUUCGUAUACAACGUCGAAUGCGGUAAACCCUCUUCCUGCACGAACGACACUCGUCUCCCUGGCAACAGCCUUGAAUGCGAUGAAUUCUACCGAUGCGUCCAGCAAGAAUGGGUCCAGUAUAAAUGCCAGCCUGGCUACAGGUUCAGCGACGACAUCAAAGACUGCUCCGACAGCGUCGACUGCCCAACGGCAACCACCACCGAUCUGCCUUGUGAUUCCAACCCGUGUUUGAACAACGGCGUCUGUAGCAACUUUGGCGGCAGCUUCAGCUGUCAGUGCCCCGCCGGAUACGGUGGAGAAACCUGCGAAAUUUCUCCACAAUGUUCGUACCCGUGUCCUCCAACUGCCGUAUUUAUGUUCCCCGACCUCGCGGAUGAAACCAAGGGUGUGAUCUGCAACCAGGGGAGUCUGUCAAGUUUUGAUUGUCCCACUGGCACUUGGUCUGUGCAAUUGGGCACAUGCGCAUAAAGGUCCGCGCGCAUCAAGACAUCCGUGUUGGUGACAUGACUUAUGUCUGUGGUUUCUUGCGGAAAAUAAAAUGUCAUGAAAUAUGA